AGGCCGAGGACAUAAAAGCCGGACACCCGAAAGAAAUCGCGCGAGUGUUGUUGCAGAGGCGUGGGGAUGGCGGCACGUGGGCAGAGACCCGAGCACAGCGGGCCUCCGGAGCUGUUUUACGACAAGAAUGAAGCCCGGAAAUAUGUGCGCAACUCACGGAUGAUUGAUGUCCAAACCAAGAUGGCUGGGCGAGCGUUGGAGCUCCUCUGUCUGCCUGAGGGUCAACCUUGUUAUCUGUUGGAUAUUGGCUGUGGUUCUGGGCUGAGUGGAGAUUACCUCUCAGAUGAGGGGCACUACUGGGUGGGCAUUGACAUCAGCCCUGCCAUGCUGGAUGUGGCCCUGGACCGAGACACGGAGGGAGACCUGCUUCUGGGGGACAUGGGUCAGGGCAUCCCCUUCAAACCGGGCUCCUUUGAUGGUUGUAUCAGCAUUUCUGCGGUGCAGUGGCUGUGUAGUGCUAACAAGAAGUCCGACAUUCCUGCCAAGCGCCUGUACUGCUUCUUUUCUGCUCUUUACUCUGUUCUGGUCCAUGGAGCUCGGGCUGUCCUGCAGCUGUACCCUGAGAACUCAGAGCAGUUGGAGCUGAUCACGACCCAGGCCACCAGGGCCGGCUUCACUGGUGGUGUGUUGGUGGACUAUCCCAACAGCGCCAGAGCCAAGAAGUUCUACCUCUGUUUGUUUUCUGGACCUUCGACCUUUAUACCAAUGGCCCAGAACGAAGAUAAUGAGGAAGAGGAGGCCAGGGAGUCCACAUUCACGGUUGAGAGGGUCCCGUACAGGAUGGCGAGGCGGGGAGUGGUGAGGAAGAGCCGAGAGUGGGUGCUGGAGAAGAAGGAGCGCCGGCGGCGGCAGGGCAAGGAGGUCCGACCUGACACUCAGUACACCGGCCGCAAGCGCAAGCCCCGCUUCUGAGCAGGCGGCCGCGUCCAGCGGGACAGCUCGGGAACCACACAGUUGUGAGCUGAGCCAUCCAGCCCAGGCACUUGCUUCUGGAGGGUUUUCUGCGUAUUAAAGUGCCUACUUUAUCAGCUGACAAGAAUAGUGCUCUAGGAAAGUUCUAAAAAGGUUUAAAGUUCUAAAAGUAUUUUCUUCACUAAAAAAAGUUCUGAGAGCAUCCUAUUUUGUUCUAAAAGCAGUAAACCACUUUCUGUGGAA